AUGUCUGAAAGAUCGUGUCCCGUGUCUGGAUCCAUCGGCGGUGGAAGGUGUCCCGCCGGUAAUCGCGGACAGUCGGCGAGCAGACGAGUCGGCCCCAGGGGUUGUUCAUUCUCGGGAUAUACGCAGCCUGGAGACCUCCAUGCAGCUUUCGAUAUUCCACGAGGUGUAGAUGUCGACGAGUGGCUUCGUGCUAGGGAGCGAAAAGCCAUCAAUGAGAUCGUCUACUCAGACAUCCCCUCGGCGGACCAAAUCACACAAGUCAAAAAUGUCGACUCACUAGUUGCAGACGACAGGGAUCUUUUGGCCGUUGCUUUGGGCGCACCAGCUCGCCAGGUCAUUCUUCGAGCCGAGGGAAUCGGACAGCAGACCGGAUGGAAGGAUGGAUAUCUCAGCGCAGAAUACGGCUUUUGCCCUCCCGAUUCGAACGAAGCCGCCGGUGCCCUCGCCAACUGCCCAGGACGCGUAUGGUCCGACCUCUGCGAGCGCAUGCCCGGCUGCGUCUCGAGAGGGCGUGUCCGUGAGUCUGUGGCUGCUCUUCCUCUCGUGGAGGGAACGGAGGAAAACAUCCCUGAUCAAGCGUUAUGGGCCUCCAUCGUGGCUCUCGGCAUGCUUUGCUCCAUCUACCGAUACGAAGACAAGAACGACGGUUAUGAUGGAGUCAGUAUUAACUCCAUCUCCACGAAGCCCCGCGUCGAGAUGAGUGACGAUCUUGGGCCCGAGCUCGUUGGCAUCCCGAGGACUAUUGGACUCCCGUACUGGCAGGUUUCCAGACGCAUGGGACGCGCUAUCCCGCACUUGACUUUCUUCGAUCAGGCUUCUUACAACAUCAAAGUGCGAGAUCCGACUUCCAUCUACCCCUAUGUCGGACGCUUCGACAACACGGACUUGAGGUGGCCGAUGUUUGGAGAGCGCACCGAGAUCGCUUUCUUGAAGGGCUGCGCUGAUACUUCAGCGUCAUUCCAGCAUGGCCCUGAUGCUAUCGCAGCGUGCCAGGAACACGUCAUGAACCGGAAUAAUGAAGGCCUUCUGCGAGAGAUGAUCAGACUGAAGGAGAUCCUCGAACGAAUGCCCAACGCCUUCCACUCCAUCUCGACCAACCCGAACUCUGGCGACAAUUACGUAUCGGCUGCCGAAUGGGUGCGAUGGGGAAAGUUUUCCGCGCCUCUAUCCAAGAGAUGCCCAGCUGCGUCCGGACUUCAGUUUCCGCCCUAUCUUCUUAUGGACGCCUUCCUCGGCCGGAAGAAGUAUGACUCUUUCCUCGGAAACGAAGGAUUGCACUUGAGAGCAUGGCUUCCCUCGAACCUGAGAGCCUUCAUCGCCUCUGUUGAGUACCACUACCGUAUCCCAGAAUAUGUCAAGGCGUCUGGGGAUCCCCGUCUCAUGGGAGUGCUGGACGGGAUCAUCGAGGCUUACACGGGAGAGCGUGGGUUCAUGGGGACGCAUCGAUACAAGGUGUUUGGUAUUUUGGAAGUUGCUUCCAAGACUGGUCGGACGGAAACGAACGGCGCCUCAGGUGCAUCCGAUGACUCUGGGAGACCGUGGGAGGAGGUUCAUCGACAGUUCUCUGACGCUAUGAAGGAACGCCUGGAACCGUAUCGCGGAAACAUCCCGGUUGAACCCCAUGAGAUGCGUGGGACUUUCGAAGAGUGUCGUUACAAGUCCCGCAUCCUGACACGCUCGUUCAUCGACUCCGAUCCAGAGCGCUCCAUCGCCAUGGUCACCCUCGACCUUCACAACACCGGCAUCACUUUCCAGCCCGGCGAUAGACUCGCCAUCAUGCCACUUAGCAGCUGGGAGGAAUGCGCCAAGGUCGCCGCGGCUCUCGGCCUCGAUACGAUGCUCGAUUCACCCGUUCUUCUCGACCGCAAAUGGUCUCGCUUCGCCGAGCACCUCGACACCGUCUCCAACCACGGCGUCGCCAGCCCUCAGGCCCAAGCAAAGAAGCUCAUGGUCAAGGAUAUUCUUCGACGGGGUCACUUAGCCCCGUUGACUCAGGAGCUUGUCCUUAAGAUCCACGCUAUGCUGAGGGCUUCAUCCAAUACUGUUCUUCAGGUGCUGGCCACGGACGAGUGGCCAGUCCGCGGUUCCCUCGGCGAUCUUCUUCAAGCCGCCGUGAUGGAUACGCCCACGCACAUCUGGGACCAGGCCUUCGAUCUCUCCAACGACAUCCCCUGGCUAAGCGACUUGAUUCCUGUUGAAGUCCCGCGCACAUAUUCCAUCUCAAACUACCCCGAAGAGCUUCUCCCCAGCACACUCGAUCUUACUAUUUCUCGCGCCGAGUACGACCUUUGCGCCACCUUCGCCGGCAAGUCCACCAUCUCCCGCUCCGGCGUCAGCAGCGGCUACCUCAACCCCCGUGUCGGCUCCCCAGAUGACUUCGUGUCAGACGAGGACGAGCUCCUGGUCGGCAUAUCCCGCCCCAUCGCCUUCCAACUACCCCUUGAUGCCUCUGCGCCUUGUGCAUUCUUUUCUGGAGGCAGCGGCAUCGCCCCUUUCCGCAGCUUUUGGCAGGCCCGAGCCGGCCGCUCUGUCGGUAGAAACAUGCUCUUCCUUGGCGUUCAAAGCCGCGAAAAGUUCUGUUACGAGGAUGAACUGCGUCACUAUGUCAACGCGGGCUUCAUGGAGGUCCACCUGGCGUUCUCCCGCGACAGCAGGGGUCUGGCCUAUGAUCCUUACAUGAGAGAUCUCGUCGAGCGCCGGACCGAACCGCGAUACAUCGACUCUCUCAUUACCGAGCAAGGUGCCAGUGUAUGCGAUUUGGUCAUGUCGAAGAAGCAAGGUGGUCUCGGCGGGUAUCUGUACAUCUGUGGCUCGGUGGCUGUUUUCGAUUCCGUCAUGAACGGCCUGCGCAAAGCCAUCUACAACCACCGCACAGCGACGAUGGAGUCUACGGACUUGAUCAUCAACACCGCCUUCGCCGAGCGGAGGAUCAUGUUGGAUGUCUUCAUGACUCCUAAGCCGCUCCCUUGCAACCGUCCCACGAUCCCGCUCUCCCAGCUGGCUGCGCAUACCGGUCACCGACCUGGAGGAAGAAUGUGGAUCAGCGUCCAUGGCAGUGUCUACGACGUGACCGAUUUCACUCCCAUGCAUCCUGGAGGCACUCUGAUCAUCAAGUCGAAUGCUGGCGUGGACUGCUCAAAGUCCUUCGAUAAUCUGGCGCAUACUAACAACCCCGAAGUCGCCAGCCUGCUCACCAAGUACUUUGUUGGUCAUCUCACGCCCAAGCCAGAAUAUCACGACUGCGAAGAGCUGAGCAGUAUCUACGACAUGUGGUCCGCCUACCUACGCACAACCGUCGAGACCCUGGUCUCCCAGCAGUUCGAGAUGGACGACAUUCUCGGAUCCUCGAAGCUCUGGUUUCAGGGCAGCCUGAUCAACAUGCUGGGGGUGCGCAUCUUCUACCAAUACCAAUCCCGCCUCCUCCAGGGCGGCUUCUCCGCCCUCUUCGGCCCCAAAUUCCAGGAGCUCGUCUUAAAGCUCUCCUUCACCACGGCCAACGCCGCCUCCCCGGGCGCCGAUACGAAACUUCCCGACAUCCUCGGCAUCAUCGCGCGGGCCAAGACGUCCAGCGAUGCAGUCGCCACUUCUAAAGAGGUUUCUCGCAUCGGACAGUUCAUCUGCGACUCGGAGCCCGCACGCUUCAUGGAGCGCGGCAUUAUGGAUUAUGCCAACAAAUCCGUUCAGCUCGACAUCGAACUCCUCGAGGACAUCCGCGAAGAGGCGUGCCACGGCAUGGACGCCUUCGACACCAUCAUGAACCUUGAAGCCUCCUCCGACUCACAGCGCGUGACUGCUCUCUGCCAAUUCCUCAUGCAGAUUCUCGAGCGGAUGGCGAAGCGGCUGGAGGUCUUCUACUCCAAACUCGCUCACUGCUCGAUCUAUCAGCCCGAAAUCGAGCGCAAUCCUGCCCGUACGCGCUGGAACCUCGUCAGAAGGCGUAUCCACGAUGGUUCUUUCUUUGUGUUGACGCAAAGCACCGUCAUCGGCGCCGCUCCAGGAUACAAGCCCGCACAGGAAACAGUGGAAUUCGACAAUGUGCUCUCACAGAUUCAGCAGACGAUCCGGAACGCGCCUCAAGUUCCGUCGCCAGUCGUGACACAGACGAUGCAGCUCAACGAGAGGCACAGGGUACGCACCGAAGCACCCGUCAACGGCGCCUCGGCGUUCGAAUCGCACCAGAACAGCAACGCGCUGAACCGCAUGUCGACUUUCAUCGACAAGAACAUGCGGGCCAUGCGAAGGCUAAGCAAGAUGCCGCCGCCGAACAUGAGCUUCGAGCAGAUGGUGGCCGCGAAUCAGCCGCAAUUCCCAUCCCACGGGGUCACCACGCCGCCGUCGAGUCGCGGAUCCAGCCCGCACCCGGCCACCGACCCGAACCGAAACCCGGACUACAUCUCCCCAUCCGGCCCGCCGCCCGCCUACCCUCCGGGCGAGAACCCUCCGCAGCAGCAGGGCUACGAGGCGCCGAAAUACGGCAGCCCUCCCGAUCACAACAACAACUACAACUACCAGCAGCAGCAACCGGUCGGCGGCGGACCGCAGAACUUCGCCCCCUACGGUACGCCGCUGCCGGCUCUCGGCCCGCACCCGGCGCCCAUCGAGUGCCCCGAGUGUCGCGCGCGCGGCGUCACUGCCGUCGAGUACACCUCAGGUGGCUUCACGCACUCGCUGGCCGCGAUUGUGUGUUUCGUCAGCUGUCUGGGGUGUAUCCCGUACUUUUUCACCUCGUUGAAGGACGCGAGGCACAAGUGUUCGAAGUGUGGUAUCCCACUUGCAACGUACCAUCGCAGCGGACGCACCGAGGUCCAUUGGCAUGGUGCGUACAACGGCUGA